AUGAACUCCUCCACGCAAGCUCUGGGGCAGCUCGAGUCUGCUCGCUCGCUCGCGCUCGGCGAUGGCAGAUACUAUCCUACCAUCAUCCCUGGUGUCCUGCCCAUCAUUGGACCCAACACAAACGCUGCUCUCGAGACACGACGGUGGGGUGCUGAUUUCCUCGCUGAGACCUUCGCGUCCCCUACGUGGCCGUCUGAUGCAAAGGAAACGUGCAGUCUGACCGUUCUCCCUACACUGCGGGCAUAUCUGGAAGGGGAGAAUGAUGCUGGUGUCGUAAAGAGCGCUGUCCAGGCGGCUGCCACCAUCUAUCCCUUGGUCUACCGUCAUAUAAUCUCCACCCCCCAUGACACCUCGAAUUGGCAGCUCAUGACUGCGAUAAAAUCCAAUAUACUGCGGCGGAUGGACACGGCGCCGCCCGGCGUGCGGAUAUGCUGUGUCAAAUUUGUCCAGCAGGUGGUCCUCGUCGAAACACCUGGCAUGGUUGCGGAUCCAAGGCGACCCGAACAGAACGAUAUAUCUCUUGCCCUCGUUCCACGCGAUCAUCCUUUAAUGCUCCAUGCGAAUCUUGAAGCAGAAGCAUCUGGGCUUCUGGACCGUUUACUGGACAUAGUACAUGGAGACCACAGUGAUGCAUUGCUCGUCACCGCGGCUCUCAACAGCUUGGGCAUGCUUGUUCAGCGACGACCAUAUAUCGCGAACAAGAUACUCUCCAGUGUUCUCAACUUUAAUCCUCUCAAGCUUGCAAACUCACCAAUGACUCCGAAGAACAAAGUCAUGAUGAAGUCAAUGGAGCGGACCACACGAGCGCUGCUCGUGAACGUCAUAAAGAGGAAUCCGGAGGGCCCCUUCACUGGACGGAUACAGCAGUAUCUUGAACGUAUCCAUCGCAUGCGUCUUGAUGUGUUUGAUGAAUCUAACCGUAAGAGACCUGCCCCAGUUGAACCAACUGAUGGUCUGGACCCAUCAAAGAGACAACGGGUGGGAGCCAGCAUACCUAGUUCUCAUCCCGUGCCUCCUUUGCCACCUGGUCCAGUGAGCUUCCGUCAACUUUUCACAUUGGAUCCCAACGGUGCGACUGCGCAAUUCGACGUGCAGGCGUUCAAGGACCCAGAACAGUUGCUCAGGAUACUUGUACCUGUUCUGCAAUCAAUUGACGAAGCAAAACUGGGAAAUGCAAUCAAUAUUGUCCGAUCACGGUAUCUCGAUCUUAGCAAGACUCAAGCUCGUACCGCCGCCGCUGAAUCUGCAUCUCUCAACGAUGAAGAAGAAGAAUACGAGCCUGACUUCGAACCGGAAGACGCUGAACAAAUUGUCAACAAGCUAGAUAGUGCGCCACCUGAUGGCAUGCUUCCGGAUCGUGUGCCCAGUGCACCUCUUGCUCCAUACAAACUGCCGCAAGCUCCACCUCUGACCGAACACGAGAUCCAAAAAUAUGGAGACGGUACAGUCCGGCGAGUGUUCGGCAUGUUGUCUUCCCUCGAUGAAACUUCCUCACGAGGAAAAACUACAAAAGGCGGCUUUAAUCGCCUCGCCGCAAGCAGCUAUGAUCGAGACUCGUGGGUUACCAUUCUAUCUCGCCUGGCUACCCGUGCAGCUGCUGGUCUCGACGAUCCGGAUGAACAUAUUAAAUCUGCGUUCAGCGGUCUACGAAAGGGGAACUUCUCACUCAGCGAAUCAAUUCGGAGCGCCCUCUACAACUACAUCAUGUACGAUUGGAAGAAGAGGAUUGACGUCGCCAUCAGUUGGUUGAAUGAGGAGUGGUACAAUGACCGCCUCCAAGCUGACAUCGCUAAAAUGAAUGCUAAACUUGCGAUGAAUGGCAACGCUACCAACUCUCCGGCCUGCAAGGGUAACUACCAAAGAUGUGCCUUGAGGCUUGUAGACGGUAUCAUUGCAUUUGCCGAAGGCACUGACAAAGUUCUCCUUCGGUUCAUGUCCGAGAUUCCGGAGCUUGACAGAGACAUUCUCCAACGCAUGAAGAAGAUGGCAGAAGACCCGGAGCGAAUUGACCUCGCGAUCAUGGUAUUACAGUACCUGUAUAUGUUCAGGCCUCCGGCUAAGGAGAUAUGUAUAGAGGUGUUGGAGGAUAUGUGGCAUACUAAUGAUCGAGCCAAGCCAUCGGCAAAGAAACUUCUCUCAAGAUGGAGACCAGAAGUUUUGGAGACCGACAUGAAGAUGGAGUCUGCGAACGGCGCUUUGGAGGUUAAAGCAGUGUAA